AUGGCGAGUUGCUCCUUGGCUCGCGAGCUAGCGACCAGGAGUCUGAGAGCUGCAGCAGCGCCAGCAGCCGCGCCCGCGCCAGCAGAGCUCGCGACCACCCCGCUUCUUUCCUCCGGAACCCCGACCGCACUCAUUGGGACCAGGUCGUCUUGUCCGGGAGCCAUGUGGCUCUCCACGGCCACUGGCUCCCGGUCAGACUCGGAGUCUGAGGAAGAGGACCUCCCCGUCGGGGACGAAGUCUGCAAGCGCGGCUACCUGCGGAAGCCCAAGCACGGCCACCGGCGCUACUUCGUGCUCAAACUCCAGACCGCCGACACCCCGGCUCAGCUGGAAUACUACGAAAAUGCCAGCAAGUUCCGACACAGCGUCCGCGCCGCGGCGGCGGCAGGCGCGGGCGCCCGGGUGCCCGCGCUCAUCCCGCCGCGACGCGUAAUCGCCCUGCACCAGUGCUUCUCCGUGUGCCAGAGAGCCGACGCCAGGUACCGACACCUCAUUGCCCUUUACACCCAGGACGAGUGCUUCGCCAUGGUGGCCGAGAGCCAGUCGGAGCAGGAAAGUUGGUACUUGCUGCUCAGCCGCCUCAUCCUCCAGAGCAAGCGCCGCCGCUGCAGCCCGCCCGGGGGGGCCGCGCCGAGAGCGGCUGCAGCGGCGGUGGAGCCGCCCUUCUACAAAGAUGUGUGGCAGGUCGUAGUGAAACCCAGGGGGCUGGGGCACCGCAAAGAGCUAAGCGGCGUGUUCCGCCUUUGCCUGACCGACGAGGAGGUAGUACUUGUGAGGCUCAACACCGAGGUGGCCAGCCUGGUCGUGCAGCUAUUGAGCAUCCGUCGCUGCGGCCACUCGGAUCAGUAUUUCUUUCUGGAAGUCGGCCGGUCCAGCGUCAUCGGCCCCGGGGAGCUGUGGAUGCAGGUCGAUGACUGUGUGGUGGCCCAACAAAUGCAUGAGCUGUUUUUGGAGAAGAUGAGAGCCCUGUGUGCGGAUGAAUACCUAGCCCGCUGCUGCAGCUACAGCAUCCGCUUCGGCGCCCACCUGUUAACCCUGCUGUCCGCUAGGAGGCACCUGAACUUGCCUUGCUUCCCGCCUGGCGGCUGGUUCCGGAAGCCCCGCAUUGAGUUUUAUUCCCCGAGGGCCAGUGAUGAGAUAAAAGUCAAGAUAGUCAUCACCAGGCGCUUCGUGUCAGCCAGUGAGCCGCUACUCCGUGUCAGGAAAGGAAGGGCGCACCUGCCCCAGCUGCGCCAGGACAGGCGAGCCAUGUCAGUGCCUGCCAACUGUUUUCGCCACUUAGUCUCUGGCCCGAGGCUGGUCCCUGCAGCAGCGCCCAAUGGCGGAGCAUCUGGCGCUGGUAAAUCGGGGGAGGAAGGCAAUCCUCAGGGCAGUGACAGUCACGAAGGCAAUGACGGCGGAGACUACAUGCCCAUGAACAAUUGGGGCUCAGGAAAUGGCCAGGGCUCAGGAGGUGGCCAGGGCUCCACUGGCCAGGGCUCCAGUAGCCAGGGCUCAGGGGGGAGCCAGUGCUCCGGCGGGGGCCACGGUUCAAGUGGUGGGCAGGGUGCUGGAGGGAACCAGUGCUCAGGAAAUGGCCAAGGCACUUCAGGUGGCCACGGCUCAGGUAGUGGCCAGGGGGCUGGAGGGGGCCACGGGGCCGGAGGCGGCCAGGGGCCUGGAGGUGGCCAUGGCUCCGGUGGUGGCAAGGACUCUGGAGGGGGCGAGGGCUCAGGAAGUGGGAAGGGCUCAGACGGCAACGAGGAGCGUGGGAAAUCUCUGAAGAAAAGAUCCUACUUUGGCAAAUUUACUCAAAGCAAGCACCAGCAAAUGCCACCUCCUCCGCCCCCACCCCCACCCCCACCUGGUGCCAAAAGCAAGUCAGGGAGCCGGUUCCGACUUUAUUUUUGUGCUGACAGAGGGGCUACAAAACAACGCAAAGAAUCCAAGGAUGCCAGAGGAGUGGGGCUCCCAGAAGGUGCAGCUCGGUGUCCCCACAGAGCUAGGGCUUUUGAUGACGACGACGACGAGGAUGACCCAUAUGUGCCCAUGAGGCCAGGGGUUGCUGCCCCGCUCGCCAGCUCCAGUGAUUAUAUGCCCAUGGCCCCUCAAAAUGUGCCUCUCCCCAAGCGCCACUCUCGAUCACCUUUCGAAGAUUCAAGGGGGUACAUGAUGAUGUUUCCCAGAGUGAGCCCACCAUCUGUACCCAGUCCCCCCAAAACCCCAGAUGCUAAUAAAGAGGAUGACUCAAAAGACAAUGACAAUGAUAGCGACAGUGACUACAUGUUCAUGGCUCCUGGAGCCGGUGCGAUUCCCAAAAACCCCAGAAAUUCUCAGGGCGGCUCUUCCUCCAAAAGUUGGAGCUCCUACUUCUCUCUGCCCAAUCCUUUCCGGGGUUCCCCCUUGGGACAAAGCGAGUACGUGCCAAUGUUACCUGGGAAGUUCCUGGGGAGGGGCCCACACAAAGAAUCCUCAGCUAACGGGGCUCCCAAAGAUGCACCCUCAGAGCCUUCAGUCCAAGGGUCGAUCUCCAGGCCUGAACGUGGGGGGUCAUCAUCCAAGCCCUCAGAUGAUGGGCCCCCAGAGAACAAGGCAGAGAGACCCAACAGUCUUGCUUUCAUUACACAAGGAAAUGUCAUCAAGCCCAAACCGCCAAAGCCCACACGCAGGCAGAGGGAAGCUGACAGCUCCAGGGACUACGUCAACAUUGACUUCAUUAAGAGAGAGAGCAAUCCGCCAGGCCCCUCGCCUCGCAGGCUGCCAGCUUCGUGGGACAUCAUUGCUGACCCCAGGCAGUCAGCUUUUUCUCAGUACAUGAAUGUGGAGUUCGGAGUGCCACUGCCCAAGGCUGCCAGCCACCUCGCCAAUCUUUUAAGAGCGAUUCCAGGUGCCAACCCCCCUUCUCUGGAGGGUGCUCAGAGGCCGCCGCCGCCGCCUGUAAUUGCCUUGCCAGAAAAACACGCAUCAGAAGAAAAAUGCUGUUUCCAGAAUGUCCUCUUCAUCUACUCCAGAUCUACCUACGUGGGAAAAUUCAGAGGCUUCUGA